GCGCGGGCAAUGGUUUCGCUUUUUAUAAAGUCUCCAUAGUUUUCCCCCUCAAAACCCUCUCGCUUUCUGUUUUUCUUUUUCUCUCUAAUGGCUGCAUUUCAUCUCAGGCAUGACACAUGCCUGCACUUUUAGAGUUUCCAAGUCUGAAUUUUGGAGUUUUGGCCGUGAGGAGGUCAUUGAAUUUGGGAUUGAAUAUUUCGUGCAAGCGUUCAGUUAGGUCAAUUAGAAUGGAGAAUGGUAAUAAUUGUAACCUGAUGGGUGCAAGCAAUGAAUCUAGAGGUGCCUUGGUAGUUUUUGAAGGAUUGGAUCGUAGUGGUAAAACUUCACAAUGUGGGAAGCUGCUUUCGUAUUUAGAGGGUCUGGGGCAUUCAGUCGAGUUAUGGCGAUUCCCCGACAGAACUACAAGCGUUGGGCAGAUGAUAUCGGCAUAUCUGACUAAUAAAUCCCAGUUGGAUGACCACACGAUCCAUCUACUUUUCAGUGCAAAUCGGUGGGAGAAGAGAUCAAUGAUGGAAGCGAAACUGAAAGCUGGAACCACCCUUAUAGUAGACCGUUACUCUUAUUCUGGAGUCGCUUUCUCAUCUGCUAAAGGACUUGAUUUCGAAUGGUGUAAGGCACCAGAGAAUGGGCUAAUAGCUCCAGAUCUGGUAGUGUACCUCGAUAUACCGCCCGAGAAAGCUGCAGAAAGAGGAGGCUACGGAGGUGAGAGAUACGAGCAGCUCGAGUUUCAAAAGAAAGUUGCACAACACUAUAAGCUUCUUGAAGAUUCUUCAUGGAAGAUGAUAGAUGCUUCCCAAUGCAUAGAAGAUGUGGAGAAACAAGUGGAGGAGAUCGUAUUGGAACAUGUCGUGACUUGUCAGAAAGGGAAGCCUCUUUCAUCCCUCUGGUCUUGCUAGUUUAUCUAUUAUCAUUCUCUCUUCCCUUCUUUUCCAACUGAAGAGAUGCAAAACUUGCAUGUGGCAAGCUUGGCAAAGAACUUAAUACUGUAUAACCUUAAAUUGCUGCUUGUGUCUUAAGUGUUGUAGAUUUCAGUUCAGUAUCUUACUAUGUCUUCAAAAAAUAUACCUCUCAACUCUUGUUUUAGAGUAGUGUGUUCUUAUUUAUGCUUUGGUUAUUGUUUCGUGUUGUGUGACCAAAACAAUUAUAUUGCUAAUUUAUGAAUGUUGAUUUGUUAAA